UUAAGGGAGGGGGGGACUUACAAAAACCUGAGAUGUGUAGCGCACACUUUUGCGUGUAACGGCUGUACCUCGCAUGACUGGUUAGGCGAACGACAGUCCUUUCAUGUAUUUACACAGAGGCCUGCAAUGGGAUUUAUAAUACCAGAACAGAUUACAGUGUAAAGAAACGAACCGGGGAGUCUGGCCGAAGUCCAGCAGGACCUGUAGGGACUUGCAGCAAAUUACCUUCAGCAAACUCGUUAAAGCGCGAUUCAGCAGAAGAAAAUCACGGUGCAAUUAUACCAGGCCGGGUCAGCUUGCUGUCAGCAGGAGUUUAUUAACUGCAAUCGCUGGCUAACGAAGACUACUUUUUUUUCCCACAGAAUAUUUCUACAUGCCUGCUGCUGUCAGCGCACUUGUGUGUCUGUUUGUCAGAGCAGCGAGUGCAGGGUUAACCCAGUCCUGCACAUUCCCCAGUCUCUGUGACUGUGACGCGCCAGAACUCCCACCGUCACACCGCACUCAGGUGAUUCGGAUAAAGGGGCUUAAUCCCAAACACUGCGCACCGCUAAACAUUGCUCUGAAAAGAGUUCUCUCCCGCACCGGGCUCUCUAAAACAACUCUGUUACCCAGAAGCAUUGCUUCAGACACCAAGACCUGUCUUUAGACUAUUAAAAGCGUCUGCUAAAGGACUAAUAGUGAUAGCAUACAGUGGGACUCGUUAGAAAAGGGGAUUCAAAAAGUUCAAAGAAGCGGGACCUGAUUGAAACUUUUCCAAGGUUUUUUUUUUUCUUUUUUUUAAAUAAAUAAACAACACCCCUUGGAUUGCAAGGAUCACCGGAGCACUUUUUGGGGGACCAGCCUUGAGGUUGCUGGAGCAGGGUGUUCUCUCUCUGGUAUGCCCAGGUUUGCAGCCCCCUGCCCGGGCCAGCGCUGCAGUAAGACUCAAGUGAAGCGCUGCUCACCCCUGCUUCACGAUGACAGACUUCUUUGAGAUUAAUGUUGACCGCCUGGACCGCUCUAAAGUGAGGACAAUGCAGACCACGAUCUGGAGAGCCAGGACAGAAUUCUGUAACCCUGCUUUCGAACCAGAGAGAGAAAACGAAGGGACCAACGAGACAGCCGAAGAGCAGAAAUUCAAGACGAUCGCACUGCCGCAGAGCGAAGCCGAUCCCGCUGUUCGGUGCCUGUCCCGUGGGCAGUGCUGGGGUCGGUCGCGGGGGCUGGUUUUCACUGUGUCUGUGCUGACCCUCACUCUGGCUGUGGGGCUCGCCCUCAUCGUCAUCUUCAUCCAGUUGAAGUACAAGCAGCCCCUGGUUGGUGACACCCAGACCCCCCCUGAGAAGGAGGACAGCGGAUUGCCUCUUGGAACCCCAGGGGGGGCUGUAAUCGACAGGUGGGGUAUGACAGCCCCAGCCAGCAGCACUGACCUGGAGGAACCACCAGGGGGCUCCGCCUCAUCGCCUUUGUGUGGGGGGGUCCUGCAAGACGAGGAAGGCUCCUUCAGCUCCCCGAAUCACCCUGCUAACUACCCCCCUGACGCCUGGUGCGUGUGGCUGAUCCAAGUGCGCCCCGAAGCUGUCCUCCAGCUGCAGGUCACCUCGUUCUCCCUGGAGGGGCAGGCACCCUGCGCCUUCGACUGGCUGGAGCUGCGUGAGGAGGGAGGAGAGAACAGCAAGGAAAGCUUCCUCGGCAGAUUUUGUGGCAAUGUGGCGCCCCCUACCUUCAACUCCAACACCAGCCGGAUGUGGGUGACCUUCAAAUCGGACCGCAGCGUGGCGAGCAGCGGCUUCACCGCGUAUUACCACGCCAUCGCGGCCAACCACAAGAGCUGUGGCCAGGAGGAGCAUUUCUGUGAUAGUGGGCGCUGCUUGCUCACUGGUCUUCUGUGCGACGGCUUCCCUGACUGCCUAGACAAGAGCGACGAGUCAGACUGCAGCCGCAGGCACAAAGAGUGCGGGGGUUCCUUGACAGAAGAUGAGGGGACUCUGCUCAGCCCCAACCACCCCAAACCCUACCCUCACCAGCAGCUAUGUCUCUGGCAGAUCUCUGUGUCUCAAGGUCAUGUGGUCGAGCUGACCUUCCACAACUUCAGCUUGGAGACGCAGGAUAUUUGUGAGUACGACUUUGUGGAGGUCCACGACAGCGCUGGGACUAGCAAUCCCAGUGUGAUGGGCAGGUACUGUGGAGCCCAGAUCCCUCCUGCCCUCAUCUCCUCUCGUCACGUGAUGACCGUGCUGUUUGUCGCAGACGAAGGCGUGUCGGAUAGUGGGUUCUACGCCACAUAUAAAGCCAUCAACACCACUGAAAGGACAUGCAGCCCAGCCGAGUUCUCGUGUCUGAGCGGGGAGUGCCUGGAGCCGGAGUGGGUGUGUGACGGCUGGAACGACUGCUCGGACAGCAGCGACGAGAUCGGCUGUGAGAACGCCACCUUCCCCCCCUUCAGUACGGGAGGGUUCUCCUGUGAGCCGAUCGUGGUGGAGAUGUGCCUGGGACUGAGCUACAACCAGACCUCCUUCCCCAACAUCUGGCUGAACAUUCCUAACCAGAGCGGAGCCGGCUCCAUCCUCCAGCACUACCAGGUGCUGAUGGAGCUGCCGUGCUACCGCUACCUGCACUUGCUCACCUGCAGCAUCUUCGUGCCCAAGUGCACAGGCGACGGGGGCGUGCUGCAGCCCUGCCGCUCGGUGUGCCAGUCUGCGGAGCGGCAGUGCAGGCCCUCCCUGGAAGAGCUGCACGUGGCCUGGCCUUUCAACUGCAACCUGCUCCCUGACUCCCAGGACCCCAUCGAGUGCGUCCAACCCUAGAGGCUGCAGUGACAUCAGCAGCAGCAGCAGCGCUGUAGCGUGUGCAGGAACCGAUGGGAAUGUAUGUAAGACAACCUGUUAUACUCUACGUACACUUGGGGAUAGAUUCUCAAACCUGUUUACUCAAAAUCAUCAUUGGCACUAUUUAUAUCUGAAAGGAAAGAGGACAAACGCCUGUACGAUUCUAAAAUGAAUAAAAAAACACCUUUAGACUGCUUACAAGUUCAUCAGGUCAGAUUCUUCGUCGUUUAUACCUGGUUUGAUAACUUUGUUGGGUGUGUUUCUCCUUUCUGAAGAACAAAGUGCUCAUGACGAAUUGGAAUGAAUCCCUUUGCGAAUGUAAUUUUAUAAACAUGCCGGUAAUAAAUAACUAAUAAAAUGAAA